CAUUGACGUGAAGCUAUUGAAAUAUUCGAAUUGAUUUAUUACUCUCUAACUUAAUAAUGUACUCGCACUGAAAUAAUCAUUUGUACCGAAUAUUGCUUAAUCAAAAACUAAUUAUUGAGUUGAAACUAUGGAUUUUUCAAUUGUUUAAUUUUUUUAAUUACAAUGAACUGUGAUCAAAGUCCUGGUAGUCCUAUAGACUUGAGUGAUCGUGAGCAAGCAGUUCUUAUGGAUCCCAUUGAUCAUGCCCGAGCUCGAUACCCUUACUGCAUUGUUUGGACACCUAUACCAGUUUUAACAUGGAUAUUUCCCUUUCUUGGACACAUGGGCAUUUGCAUGUCAAAUGGAGUGAUACGAGACUUUGCUGGUCCAUACUUUGUGUCAGAAGAUCUUAUGGCUUUUGGGAACCCCACGAAGUACUGGCAGUUAUCUCCACAGAGAGCAAAUAAUGGACAGGCUGGCUGGGAUGCGGCAGUUGCAGAAUCAUCAGAUAUAUACAAAAAAAGAAUGCAUAUAAUAUUCUAUGAUAACUGUCACUCACAUGUAGCUACCGCGCUAAAUAUUAUGAACUACAAUGGUUAUAAGAACUGGAACAUGGUUAAACUCGCCCUCUACAUGAUACCAUACUCAAAAUAUGUAAGCUUUGGUGCAUUUAUGAAGACAUGGUUGCCGUUUUUCAUUAUUGUUGCUUUCAUAUGUGGUCUGGCUGCAAUAAUAUAAACUUUUUAAUGUAAAAUAAUGAAAGUUACAGCUCUUCUAUCAUAAUACUGUCAUGGUUAUCAUGUUUCUACUUUUUAUAUAAAAAAUAUAUGUAUUUUCUUUAAAUUUUUAUGAAUUUCUCUAAAACUAUAUGUACAAUAUUAUAUUUAUGAAUUUUCAGUUAAAUUAAUAAAAUAAAUGUGCUAUUUUUAUUUGUCUGCUAGUACAUAAAUUGCACACUUUUAAUAUGGUUAAUUUUUUUAAUGAGUAAAAGUAAUUUUUUUAAUACUGUAUACUUACUUGCCUUUUAUCAUAGAUUAUAUAUAUCUGUCUAUUA